UGUUAAACAAUACACCAUAUUUUCAAUUAUAGUCCUACAACUUUCCGCUGUAAAUUGGCAACGUAAGAUGGCCCACGGGCCUCCCCCCUUGGCUUCAUACCGCACCGCGUCCCUUGCUAGCCAAUGUCCGGUCCCUGUAUUCCUAUGUCCGUGGAAAAUACAAACUUCAAACGACCCGAUAAGAGUUUCGUGUCUAUGAAAUUAUUCUGUGGUAUAACUAGUCAAUGUGAUUAAAUGUGAUAAAUAUUUUGAAUGUAGCGAUAAAUAUCGGAGAUUUAUUUCCUCUAAUAAACUAAAGAAUCGUGAAUGUAUAUAUAUACGUGGUAUGCUUUUACUUAAGCACGAAUACAAGCGAAAAAAUAUACAAUUUAAAGAUGCCAGGAGAACCAUCUAUAAGUACUGGAUCUAAGGCAUCUGGAAAAAUCAAACGUAUUUCUAUUCCAAGAGUACAAAGCAGUACGGAUACAGAACUGCAGUCGCAAAGUGGAUCUACACCACUGCAACCAAAUGCUCUUCACUAUGCUGCUUUUCGUAUAGACCCUGAUGACAGUGCCCUACCUCCAGCUUUACGAUGUCGAUUGUUAGACUUGUUUCAGCAGAUUGAGAAGGAGUUUGAAGUUCUUUAUACGGAGAAUUUGGGAUUGCAAGAGAAAAUAGAUACUCUUAAUGAGAAACUCGAAAGAGAAUGCUAUGGUUCUGGAGAACGGAGUUUACCACAUGGAGAUGUUGCAGACUUCACAGAUACAAAAAGUUUUUCGAAGCAAAAAUCUAUGGCAGGAAACUCAGCACAAAAGACGAAAACAACUUCUAAUAAAUUGAAAGCACAAACAAGUAAAAUAGUUUCUAGUUUUAAAACACCAACAAUGACUUGUAGCAUGCAAAGAGAAUACUCCGGGCAUCGAGACGGUGUUUGGGAAGUUUCUGUUGGAAGAUUAGGUCAAAUUAUUGCUACAGCUUCUGCUGAUCAUGCUGCUAGGGUUUGGGCUGUGGAUAGCGGACGUUGCCUUCUGCAAUAUAUUGGUCAUUCUGGUUCUGUUAAUUCAGUACGUUUUCAUCCAACCAAAGAAUUGGCUUUAACAUCCAGUGGAGAUAAUUCUGCUCAUGUAUGGCAAGCGGCUGUUGACUGGGACUUUCCUAAAAGACAAAAUUCAGCAGAGGAACUUUCAGCGUUGUCCUCCGAUAGAAACGUUAGUGGUGUGAUUCCUGUGAACGAGGAACAGGAAGAACCGCCCACUCUGAGAACUCCCGUGCGAGAAUUAUUAGGGCACACGGGUGUAGUGAUGGCCGCAGAUUGGUUACCUGACGCAGAACAGGUUGUAACUGCUUCUUGGGAUAGAACGGCAAACCUUUAUGAUGUAGAAACUGGAGAAAUUAUUCACACAUUAUGCGGGCACGAUCAAGAACUCUCUCAUGUUUCUACUCAUCAUACACAAAGACUUUGCGUCACUUCGAGCAAGGACAGUACUUUUCGUCUAUGGGAUUUUCGAGAACCCAUACAUUCAGUUUCUGUUUUUCAAGCACAUACUGAGACAGUAACAUCCGCGGUUUUUACGCGCGAAGAUAAAAUCGUUUCAGGCUCUGAUGAUCGAAGCGUAAAAAUAUGGGAAUUGCGAAACAUACGAAGCCCUUUAGCCACGAUUCGAGGUGAUAGCGCUGCUAACCGACUUGCAGUUUCUAGCACUGGCAUCGUCGCAAUUCCACACGAUAAUAGACAAAUUAGAUUGUUUGACCUUAGCGGUCAACGAUUAGCUAGAUUACCUAGAACAAGCCGGCAGGGUCACCGACGUAUGGUCUCGUCAGUCGCCUGGGCAGAAGAUAGCGGUGUCUGUAAUUUGUUCUCCUCUGGCUUUGACAGAUUAGUCCUUGGAUGGAGUAUUGUACAUCUUAAGGAAUAUUGAAUGUACACAUAUACAAAUAGAAAUAUUUAAUAUAAUCAAACAUUUUAUUUACAUAGUAUUUUAAACUGAGCGACAUUAUAAAGAAUGAGAUUUAGUUACUAGGCUAUUUCUAAAGUUUCGAAUAUUACGGUGGGAAAAUUAGACGCAUAAUUGUAAACUAGAAUGGCUAUCCCCAAAAUGAUCGAGGAUUCCAGUUUCCCACUGUCCGAUACCACUGAAAUUAUAUAAAAUAUACAUAAGUGAAUUGAAGUUGUAAACUCUGUGCAGUAAAUAUAAUAAAUUAUGAAUA